CUUCGUAAAUUUCUUCUCAAACGAGGCCGUCCUAGUGCCCAAAGACCGCGAGGACUUUGGCCAAGCAGGCGAUAUGCCCUCCAACCCUGACUAACCUCCAUCCUAGGUGCUCCUCAUUACUAUGGGAUUGAGUUUCGGUAUCAAUGAUUACAUCGAAGGCGGCGUCAUCUCAGCCGUCAUUGUCCUCAACAUCAUAGUCGGGUUCUGGCAGGACUACAAGGCAGAAAAGACCAUACAGUCCCUCAAGAAACUCACGGCUCCGGAGUCAAAUGUACUCCGUGAUGGCAGCCUUGACAAGAUCAAGGCAGUGGACCUCGUCCCAGGCGACAUCGUCCACCUAAACGUUGGAAGCAUCGUCCCUGCUGAUCUUCGUCUAAUCGAUGGGAUGAAUGCAUAUACCGAUGAAGCUUUCCUCACUGGAGAAUCUCUUCCAGUCGAGAAAACCCCUGACCUGAUCUUCGACGACGUCAAUCUCCCCACUGGCGACCGUACCAACCUGGCCUUCGCCGGCAGCGAGAUGAAAUCCGGUCGAUGUACCGGUAUCGUCAUUGCUACGGCAAUGGGAACCGAAGUCGGAAAGAUCGCUCGCAUGCUCCGUCAAACCGACGAUGUUCCUGAAGACAGCAGAAUGCUUGUGAGAUACCGGAAGAAAUUCGUCAGUGGCGUCAAGGUCAUUCUUGGGUUCGUCGGCACUCCACUUCAGACUACGUUGAGCAAGUUCGCGCUCUUGCUCUUUGGCCUCGCCAUCCUUCUCGCCAUCAUCGUCUUCUCCGCCAACAAGUGGCAAGUUGGAGGAGAGGUCCUCAUAUACGGCAUCUGCGUUGCGGUUGCAGUUAUUCCUGAAUCGCUUAUUGCAGUCCUUACCAUUACCAUAGCGGUUGGGGCGAAGGCCAUGGCAAAGUCGAACGUUAUUAUCAGAGUUUCCUCGGCUAUUGAAGCCGUAGGAGGUGUAACGAACAUCUGCUCUGACAAGACUGGAACGCUCACGCAAGGCCGGAUGAUCACGCGUAAAGCGGUUAUUCCCGGCAUUGGGACACUGGGUGUCCACGAUACCACAGAUCCCUAUAACCCUGGAAGCGGAUACGUCGAGCUUAAUGGCAAACGCCUCGAUCUGGAUGACUAUGAGCGAAGUCCACUACUCGAGACGUUCCUCCGCACUAUCGCCCUCUGCAAUCUUUCCACUGUUGAACCCACAUUCGACGCUUCUUCACCCACCCCGGAUACAUCCAAGAAUAAAGAAGCCGUCGAUCGUUUUGACACCGAUACGGAAACAUGCACUUCGAUACAGCAAUCCACCACCAUUACGGCCCCGACCACGCUAACGACCGGAGCCCGCACAGGGCCUUGGAAAGCUACAGGUGAACCGACUGAGAUUGCCUUGCAUGUGCUGGCACUGCGGUUCAACAUGGGCAGGGAAUCCCUUCUCCAGACGCUUGAUAUCACUCACGCUGCAGAGUUCCCUUUCGACUCCACUGUAAAGAAGAUGACGGUCGUUUACCAAAAUGCGGAGAGCCACCUCGACGUCUACACAAAAGGGGCGACCGAAUUCGUAUUGCCGGUUCUCAAUGUCUCAGAUUCUGAAAAGGCUACCAUUCUGGAAACUGCGGAAGCUAUGGCAGCCGAUGGACUUCGUGUCCUGUGUGUCGCUCACAAGACUAUGCCUCUUGGGACCGAUUUAAGUGAGCGCUCAUCUGUGGAAAGUGGACUGAACUAUAUUGGCCUUGUCGCUAUCUACGACCCGCCCCGCCUCGAAACCAAGGGAGCGGUGCGGGACUGCCAGGUCGCCGGCAUCACCGUCCACAUGCUUACCGGAGAUCACCCUGGAACCGCCAUGGCUAUCGCUCGUGAGGUCGGUAUCCUCAACGGAACCGUACCAAACGCAAACUCCGGAACCGCCGUUAUGCUUGCCAAGGACUUCGACCAGUUGUCCGACGAGCAGAUUGACGCUAUGGAGACUCUACCGCUUGUUGUUGCUAGAUGCAGCCCUGCUACGAAGGUCAAGAUGGUGUCCGCUCUGCAUAGGAGGAAACUCUUCUGCGUUAUGACUGGUGACGGUGUCAACGACUCCCCUGCGUUGAAAAACGCAGAUGUGGGUAUGGCUAUGGGCACGGGAAGCGAUGUCGCAAAGGAUGCUGCUAAGAUGGUUCUGACUGACGAUAACUUCGCUUCGAUCGUGAAAGCAGUGGAGGAGGGUCGUCGUCUGUUUGACAACAUCCAGAAAUUCCUGAUGCACCUUCUCAUCUCCAACAUUGCGCAGGUCAUCCUACUUCUCAUCGGCCUGACCUUCAAGGACAACAACAACGACUCCGUCUUCCCGCUCUCACCUAUUGAGAUCCUCUGGGUCAAUCUUAUUACCUCCUCCUUCCUUGCCAUCGGCCUGGGGCUGGAGGAAUCCCAACCGGAUAGCAUGUUCCGCCCGCCUCACGACCUGUCCGUCGGCGUUUUCACCAAGGAGCUCAUCACAGACAAGUUCAUCUACGGGUUCUUCAUGGGUGCUCUCUGUCUAGCUUCCUUCUCCAUCGUCGCCUACGCAGGUCCCGGAGGCGGAAACCUAGGCUCUGGGUGCAACGAAGGUUGGAAUGAGACAUGCAGCGUUGUGUUCCGCGCUCGUGGUACCACAUACGCCACUAUCACGCUCUUGCUGCUCGUUACAGCCUGGGAAGUCAAGCACUUUUCCCGCUCUCUCUUCAACCUGUACCCAGACUCUGCCUCCCAUCGCGGUCUCUCCAUCUUCCCAACCCUCUGGCGAAAUCGCUUCCUGUUCUGGGCUGUUACAGCGGGCUUCUCGAUCAUGUUCGCCAUCAUCUACUUGCCCAUUAUCAACCGCGAUGUCUUCAAGCAUGCAGCGAUUAGCUGGGAGUGGGGUGUCAGUUUCUCGUGCGUGGCGGUGUAUGUGGCAGCGAUCGAAGCGUGGAAGGCUUGUAAGAGGCGGUUUGGGAUUGGGAGUGGGAAGCACAAGGUGUUGAGCAGGGAGGAUGCGGAGAUGAGGGCGGGAUUGGGAAUGGAGGUUACGAGGUUGGUGGUUGGGGAGGGCGAGAAGAGGUAGAUGAGAGGGGUGUUGCGAGAGGAUAGAGUGAGUGGGUGGCAGGAGCUGUGGGGCUGCUGAAGGGAGGUUGAUCAGAUUGUCUGACCGAGGCGCAAGCCGUGCGUCUGCUGGUGCUGGUGUGGGUUUCAUUCCUCUCGUCUGGGUUUCCUCCUUUCACUAUCUCUACGACACUACACGACUCGACUCGACUCGACACGGCACGGCACUUCUAUGGCAUCCUCAUUUCCCCAUUCGUCCAUUCAUUAUCACGACCAUUACGAUUCGA